CAUUUUUUACGAUUUUGCCGAAACUACUUGCAACAUUGUAAUAAAAUUUGGCGAAUUUUAAGAGGUAGUUGUUGUGCAUUUUUUGACAUACAAUUAUGAAUUUUAUAUUUAUCAUUGGCGCGCAUACGGGUAAUGGUCUGAACUUUUUAAAGAAAAAAUAUAGUACGCCACUGACAUAUUUCAAAUUAAAGGCGGCUGCACAAUUGCCCGGGAACGGGAACGAGAACGGAAACGGGAAAAAAGUUAACCUCUAUGUAAAUUAAUGUUGUAGAUGCAGAAUAACCGAGAACGAGAAGCUGUCCGGUAACGAGAACGGGAAAGUUGCCCAUCUUUCAACUUUCUCGUUCCCGUUGUAUUCCCGGAACCAAUCAGAAAGCAGUAUUUACAAUAGUGUCAAAUGCCAAUAAAAAUUUGUUUUGUUUACACUGUUUACAGUUUGAUCAACCACGUUUUGUUUGUUGUUUACAAUUUGAGCGACCACGUUUUAGUGAAACCAAGUGAAACACAAUUUUAUUUAUUGUAUCAUAAUGAACGACGAGUUAUUAAUAGCUUUAGUGGAAAAAUGUCCUCAUCUUUAUGACCGAUGCAGCAAGGACUAUAAAGAUGAGACAUUAAAAAACAAUAGUUGGUCUUCUAUUGCACAAUAUUUAGAAUCUGAUGUUGCUGCAGUUAAAAAAAGAUGGGAAAAUAUGCGAGACCGUUUUGUGAGAGCAUAUCGGGAAUACAAUACAAAAGCUCCAUCAGGUUCAGCUGGAGGUCCAAAAAAAGAAAUCGAUUUUAUUUAUUUCAAUAUAAUGCUUUGGUUGGGACCAUAUAUCAGAAAAAGAAAAUUAACAUCGUCAAUAGCCGAAUCACCGCUGGUAAAAAGAAAAGCACCUUCUACGAAUUCAAGUUGUAGCUUUAUACCUGUUGGAGAAACCAGUGGAACACAGAUGGUGUUUGCAGAUAACACUGAACUUGAUAUUUCUGAAGAUAUAGAGGAAACAGUGAAAACAGAAACUGGAGAUCAAGAGGAAAUCAUCAUAGAAUAUGAUCCACCAGAGGAAGUUCCACCACGUUCACUGCAUUCCUCGCAGUCAACACCAAAGCAGUCAACGUCAAAACGAAAUGUAAUGGACGUGAUGAGUGUUGCAGCAGCCAAUUUUAGCAAACUUUGUGAGACACAACUGCAACAAAAAGAAUCCCAAAGCAGUAGUGGCGACAUAAAUUUUAUGAAAUCCGUGGUAGAAGACAUGAAGUCCUUAACGCCAAGAAAUAAAUUAAAAUUUAAAAAAGAGGUCAUGGAGCUUUUAUGCAAAUACAUGGAUGAGUAGUAA